CUAUAUCGCCGAAACGUCAGUCAGUCAAAGAGGCCUCAUCAAAGGAAAACGCAACAAUUUGCUUAGAGCCAACAAAUUUAUUUGUUUAUAGACACAAUGUCUUCGUCAUCGGCAUUAGAAAAUUUAGAAACACAAUUGGAAAUGUUCAUUGAAAAUGUGCGGCAGGUGCGGAUUAUUGUGAGCGAUUUCCAGCCACAGGGCCACAACGUUCUGAAUCAGAAGAUCCAAAGCAUGGUUACCGGACUGCAAGAGAUUGACAAAAUUAAGCCACAGGUUCAGGAUGUGCAUGUUCCAUUCGAGGUGUUUGAUUACAUUGACCAAGGAAAAAAUCCACAGCUCUACACAAAAGAUUGCAUUGAAAAAGCGUUAACCAAAAAUGAAGAAGUGAAAGGAAAGAUUGAUUCGUAUCGCAAGUUUAAGAUGAACAUGAUGUUGGAGCUACGUAAAACGUUCCCAAAUGAAAUUGAUAAAUAUCGAGUACUACGAGGCGAUGGCGACGAUAACGAUAAUGACAACGAUGGUGAGGGA